GGAAGGGUGCGUGUGUUGUUUUCUACAAUUUUUAUGUAAACUCCAUUUCAAAAAAUAUUUUGUUUCGUAGUUUUUUGUCCAAUAUUUCCAAGUUUUGGGUGUUUUAGAUUUUCUCAAUUUUUUCUUCGGGUGUGAACGUAACGAGCCGUUAUGGCAAAAAAAGUCGUAAUGGCAAACCCCCAAAAGCCGCCGAAAUGGCAAACUGGGGAAAGGGCGCCGGUUUUAUUUUUCCUUUUCGCAAUAUGCAAAAUAAGUUUUAUAUUUAACUUUUUCGGUCAUUGUUUUUACUCAAAAUGAAAUUCCUGCUCACAAUUUUGAUGGUCAACCUCUUUUAUCUGCACCUGAUCGGCCUGUUACUUCACCAGAUGGAAAUGGUGGUAUUUAUCAAGCAAUUUUGCCAAAGCUUCCAAAACUUGAAGAAAUGGGAAUUGAAUACUUUCAUGUUUAUUGUGUUGACAAUAUUCUCUGUCGUGUUCCUGAUUUACAUAUAAUUGGCUUUGCUAUUGAUAAAAAGGCUGAUUGUGUUUUGAAGGUAAUCGAGAAAAAGGAUCCUUCAGAAAAAGUUGGCCAUGUCUGCGUUGAAGAUGGAAAAAUCAAAGUAUUGGAGUAUUCAGAAAUUCCAAAAGAACUUGCUGAAAAGCGUGAUCCAAAAUUUCCGGAGAAAUUGUUCUUCCGUGCUGGAAAUAUUGCCAAUCACUUUUUUACUCUCGACUUUCUUAAAAAAGCUUGUUUGGAAUUUGAUUCUCUGCCUUAUCAUGAAGCACGCAAACGAAUACCAUAUUGGGAUCCUGUCACUGUAAAAAACGUUCAACCAACGAGUGAGAAUGGCAUAAAGAAGGAACGUUUUAUUUUUGAUGCUUUUAUUCAUUCAAAAAAUUUUAUGGUCUGGCAAGUACCCCGUGAAGAAGAAUUCAGUCCAUUAAAGAAUCCAGAUUCUGCAGGCGUUGAUUGUCUCUCAACUUGUAUUCGUGACUUUACCUCUGUUAAUGGAAAUGUGAUUAGAGAAAUGGUUAAAGAAUUUUGUAAGAAGGAAUGA